AUGUCAGCUUUCAAUGACACCAAAUUCAAAUCUUCAGUGUUCCUUCUCACCGGGAUACCUGGGCAGGAAGAUGUCCAAAAUCUCUGGAUCUCUCUCCCCUUCUGCUUAAUGUAUGUUAUUUCAAUAUUAGGAAAUUCACUCAUUCUGUUCAUGAUAAAAACAGAUCCAAGCCUCCAUGAGCCCAUGUACAUUUUCCUUUCCAUGUUGGGCGCCACAGACCUUGGGUUAUUGAUAGCCACCAUACCGACGAUACUGGGCAUAUUCUUGUUUAACUCUCGGGAGAUCAGCUUCGAUGCCUGUUUUGCCCAGUUGUUCUUUAUCCACUUGUUUCAGUGCAUUGAAUCCUCAGUGCUCUUGCUGAUGGCCUUUGACCGCUUCAUCGCGAUCCGUGAACCACUGAGAUAUGCCUCCAUCUUAACCUUGCCGAGAAUAGCCAAGAUAGGACUGGUGUGUAUGCUAAGAGGGGUGGCCGUAAUACUCCCACUCCCCCUACUCCUGAAACGAUUCCGAUACUGUCGAGCCAAUAUCCUCUCCCAUUCCUACUGCCUGCAUGUGGAUGUCAUGAAGAUGGCUUGCUCAGAUAUCAGAGUCAACAUUAUCUAUGGAUUGUUUACUAAACUCUUAACAAUGGGUCUGGACUCGCUGCUCAUUUUCCUCUCUUAUAUAAUGAUCCUCAGAAUAGUGCUGAGUAUCGCAUCCAAUGUUGAGUGCCUGAGGGCCCUGAACACCUGUGUCUCCCAUCUCUGCGCUGUCCUUAUCUUCUAUACACCAGACAUCUUCUUGUCUGUGAUAUACAGAUUUGGAAAGAACUCUUUUCCCCUGCUUCAGAGUCUCCUGGGCUACAUCUGCCUGCUGAUCCCCCCUUUGUUGAACCCAAUUGUGUAUAGUGUGAAAAGCAAACACCUUCGUGCAAGAAUAAUCAGGGUGUUCGUCAAGUGA